GCCCGCACGACGAGCUCCGUUCCGAGCCGACUGGCCGCGGGGCCCACGUCACGAGGAGGAAACGCAGUCGGCAGCCAGCGCGACUCGUGGUCACGGGACAAGGCCGCCGCAACAACCGCGCGGGAGGCAACGCGGGCGCGAGGACAUUCGACUGCUCGUCGCCGUGCCGUCAGGACGUCCCGUGAAAUACGCCCAGGAGAUCUGCCCAGAGGAUCCAGAAUGUACCACUACCUGAGCAUCGCGGCCCUGACCCUGGCCCUCGUGGCGCUGGUGUGCACGGCUCCAGCCGAAGAACAGAAGGCCCCGAGUCCGUCGGGAGGACUGGGAGGACUAGGAGGACUAGGAGGCGGCGACUUCACCGAGACGCUGAGGAACUUCGGCGGCCAGGCGCAGAAGGUAGCCGAGGACGUCCCGGAGAACUUGAAGAACGCCGCCGGCCAGUUCCAGACCUGGGCUCAGGGAGCCGGGGACACGGUGUCUAAGACCGCUACGGACGUCUUCGGACGUUUCAGUGGCUUCUUCAAUCCGUCCGCCAACAAGAACAAGAAGACCAGUGACGACGCCGACGCCGACGCCUGAGCAUCUUAUACCGGCGCCCCUUCCUGCGAGCCUUGCGCGAGGUGCUCAUAUAGCCGCCUCCUACAUGCCCGCGGUUUCAGGUGCCUCUCGGUCUUCCGGAGUUCAUUGUCCUCAGCCUAUUCGAAGAUAUGCAUCGACAAACAUGAAACUUGGUUCGGAAAGUUGCGGCACCCUGGCCUGUCAGCAUGCUCUGUCACACGAUGUUGCAAAGUGUACUUCUGAACCACACGUGUGCUCGUCUGCGUUGCGCAUAUUUCGUUGGGAGUCUCAUUGGACCGUUGGCUGCUUCGUAACUCGCGUGUCCACGCAUGCUAUCUGGUGAAAUCGAACAAAACUGAAAGACCAAUAAAAAUGCGUUGGCCCCGUA